AGGGUUUCCCCUGUAGGAGGGGCUCUGGCGCGGUACUGUUUGGAAGGCGGGGCUUAUAGUCAGUAUACUGGAAUACUAUUGGCCAGUGCUCUUGCCAAUCCACGCAGAAGCGGCAUACUCCAGCAAUAAUGGCCGAUUCUCAAGUCACUAUGGCUCAUCAACGCUGUCAGGAUAAAACACCCAUCCAGAUCCUGCACGAAUAUGGCAUUAAAAUCGGCAGCGCGCCUGUGUACGAGCUCAUACAGGCUGAUGGAGACACGCACCAGCCUUCCUUCAUGUUCAGUGUUACUAUAGGAGACAUCACAUGCAAUGGUCAAGGAUCCACUAAAAAGGCUGCUAAACAUGAAGCUGCAGAAGCCGCUUUGAAAUUAUUGAAGCGAGACACCCAGCUAAAUGAUCAGAGAGAUGGUCUUUCUCCUGAAGCCGGUGACACAUCCAAUCCUGUAGGAGUACUGCAGGAGCUGGCCAUGCAGAGGGUGUGGUGUCUGCCGGAGUAUGUGGUGUGUAUGGAGACAGGACCUGAUCACAUGAAGGAGUUCACCGUUACCUGCCGCCUGGAAGGACUGGAGGAGUCAGGCUCCGGCAGCUCUAAAAAGCUGGCCAGACGCGCAGCAGCCGAACGCAUGCUGGGGAAACUGCAGAGUCUGUCCGGAUCUCCCGAGAUCACGUGGAGCCCACCGUCUCGUGUGUAUGUGGAAAGCUUACGGCAGUCCACGGGGGAGAAGAUUUCCCUCCUGAGGAGGACGCCGCUCAGCAUCCCAAACACAGACUACAUUCAGAUGCUGCUGGAGAUCUCACUGGAGCUGGGCUUUCAGGUCACAUACAUAGACAUCGAUGAGCUGACAGUGAACGGUCAGUACCAGUGUUUGGUGGAACUGUCCACCCGGCCGGUGACGGUGUGCCACGGUACAGGGAUGACCAGCAGUAACGCCCACAACACCGCAGCACAUAACGCCCUGCAGUAUAUCAAGAUGGUCGCUAGUAAACACUAACAGCAGGUCUGGGAUCAGUGUGCGCAUGAAUUCUGACCUGCACGUCCUGUUCCCACACCAGCACUGCAACCAAUGGACACAUUCUGCUGUAAGAGACCCGACUCUAUGCAGAAAAUAAAUCAAUUUCUGGGUUACGACACUGAGUUUAUUCUUGGAUGUUGCAAAGUGCUAUAUUUACAUCCAUUUUUACAGUGAACCUCUUAAGUGGAUUCAGUCAGAUGUUUUUGUGUUUGUCAGUGUCUUUUUUUGCUUCAUAAAUCCAUUGUAAACAUCAUAUUCAUAGUUUUUUUUUAAAUUGCUAACAUACUAAAAGUUGUACUCGAGGCACACUCACUGAAACCAUUCACUCUUAUACCGAAUAUUUAACCGCAAGCACGUUAUCUGCUUUUCACUCAGUUUGUAAUUGUUAAACAAACUUUUGUAAAUCGCUGAAGAAAUCUACAGUAGAUACGUUAUUCAAAACUAACAGCUCGUGUUUCAUUUGGGAAACACUGCCUUUAAAAUGCUACACUUAUUUACUGAUCACUUACACCCAUUGAUCAUGUUUGAAAACAUUUAUACACAAUUUGUUCACUUAGAAAUCAAAACUCAAUGAUUUGAAUAAGUAAAUUAUUUUUACCUGCUUGCAUUUCUUUUCAUAGUGUAAAUAUUAUAAAUAUACUUAAUUCGAUCACUUAAUUUCUCAAAACAUAAAAUUACAGUUUACAUUUAAUAAGUUCCAGUAUUACAGUACUUUGUCAAUAUAUUCUGAAUAUGCAUAGAAGUCAAGCAAGUCACCUUUAUUUCCAUAACACUUCAUACAGUGCAGAUUGUUUCAAAGCAGUAUUAACAAAUUCAAAUUCAGCAGUAAAGCAGCUCUAACAAGCCAGUUGUUAUACAGACCAAGUCAGUUCAAUAACUGACGUUCAUCAAUUGCGCACACACUGUAUAUACAGUGUAUUUUUCACAUUCAUUUUUCACAGUCACAUACUAACUCCAAUGCACAUUGAACAAGCAAAAGACGCAAGAUAGUACCUUUACUAAAAGAGUUACUAUGCAAAAACACCAUUUUUUAAGAGUGGAAAGUUUUGAGAGAAGUGUUUGAUUUUACGAGAUAUGCUCAAUGUUUUGCAUGUUUUGUGUGUAUAGUUUGGAAAAAAAACAGCUUAUAGUUUCAGAAAUUAUGUGUAAGCAAAAACUGAAUAAGCUGUCAGGUUUACAGUGCCUUCUCAAGGCAAAAAAAAAAUAAAAUAAAAUAAAAAAUAACCUGUAAGGUUUACAGUUUGUUCUCAAUGCUUAAAAAAUCUGCUCAAGAGUGCAGUGAAAAGCUUUAAACUGUUGGUAACUGUGAAGGAUAAACGAAGCUUUGUGAAGCAUCGAGGCUUUUCUUCUUAACUAUCACAAAGUUGGCUGGUUUAAGCUGGAAGUAGCUGGUUUUAGCUGGUCUCCUAACCUGGUCAAGCUGGUUGUUCCAGCUGGUCUCCCAGCCUGAUCAGCUAAGGAAGUGGCCAAAACCCCUCUAAAACCAGCCAACCAGUUUAGGCUGGUUUUAGCUGUUUUUUUUCAGCAGGGAUACUCAAAGCUUUUCAGUGCGGUGUACGGGGUGGCCAUCUAGUGGUCACCACAAUGUAGCUAUAGCACACAACACACCGUUACACUCGCUGGUUUCACAUUUGGUUCAGAAACUGAUUCAUUUUAUUUUAUUCAUUUUGAAAUUGCAGAAGUGAUUAUUUAACUUAUUUUAUUGCUUUGCCUAUAACUAUUUUUCAUACGCAAAGUUCAUUUGGGCUUAACAUAUUGGAGAAAAACAAAGAAAUCCGUGAUGCAGUAGCAGUUAUGAGGUUUUCAGGGUGAACCAGUGAACCAAACUUCGCAUGUCAUAGAUUAAGUACUUUUUGCAAAAAAAACCCACAAAAAACAAUCAAACUCUGAUAUAAUGCUUGUGAUUCACUACACGCAGUGCAACGUAGUAGGCGCCUGUCAACCUCGGGCCUUGUGCACUCUGUCAGCCUUUUCCGCCCCGUGUCUAUCUGAAGAAUUCAAUCCAACACUUCUUUAUUAUAAUACAUUAUGAAAGCUGAUACUGAAAGCUUUAGUAGUUACCUCUUACAGUGAUUACAUGUAGGUAGGCCUAUAUAAUUUUACAUUAUAAGCAUCCGAGUUAUGCACAACUAGCUAUAGGCUCUUAAAUGUUUGCUCAGUUUAUCUUCCCUCUCUCUUUGUGUCAGUGUUUUAUGGAUAGAUUACAAAAAAACAAAACAGUAUUGUUUACUUCUUUUGAUCAUUUUUACCAUCAAAUCGAACAUCAACAUGCCUCCCAGGUCCCAAAAGGGAGCACCUGUGCCUGCCUAUACUGAAAAGAUGGACCACAUCUCAUCCCUGGUCUUCAACGAUGUAUCUGAGAAGGAGUGCAAAACGGAGUACAUGGGCAACAAAAUCAGAGACCAACAUUUGGGACCAGGCAGCUUAAAACAUUUAUGUAGUAUAGUCAUAUGUUUAAUGGAAUAUUUGUAAAUAUUUAAUAUUUGUAUUGUGUUCAUUAAUGUUUUAUAUGAAUGUAUGAAUAGUAAAUAGUGAAAAUAAACUGUAUUUAUUUAUCAAGUAGGCCUACACACAUCUGUUAACAUUGGUAAUAUAUAAACGUGCCACUUCAAGCCAAUAUCGAUCAUUUUCAUCUGCAGUCCCUGGGCUGGUUAAACGUUAAAGACACUGAAGCCAAAGGAAAACAUUGUAACACGUAAUCCUUAUUUUCCACAUUUGCUUGUUUUCUUGCAUGAAUAGCCUGCAUCUCCAACAUCAUCCGACAUUUGAUUUAAAUGAAAUUUCUUAAUCUUAAACUACAUAAUCUUUAAAACAGUUUCAAAAUAAUUCAUCACGUGUGUCACGGCAAAGACUACAUAUGUGAUCUUGGACCACAAAACCAGUCAUGAGGCUCAAUUUUUUUUAGAUUUCACCUGAAAGCUGAAUAAAUAAGCUUUCCAUUGAUGUAUGGUUUGUUAGGAUCGGACAAUAUUUGUCCGAGAUAGGCUACAACUAUUUGGAAAUCUGAGGGUGCCAAAAAAUCUAAACAUUGAGAAAAUCGCCUUUAAAGUUGUUCAAAUGAAGUCCUUAGCAAUCCAUAUUACUAAUCAAAAAUUGUUUUAAUAUAUUUACGGUAGGAAAUUUACAAAAUGUCUUCAAGGAACGUAGUCUUUACUUAACAUCCUAAUGAUUUUUGAUCAUUUUGACCCAUACAAUGUAUUAUUGGCUAUUACUACAAAUAUACCCAAGCUACUUAUGACUGGUUUUGUGGUCCAGGGUCACAUAUACUGUAAAAAGGUCUUACUAAAUAAUCAAAUUAUUUUUCUGUUGAUUGACCAGUUGCAGUGUCGAGGGGUUAUGUCACAAACCAAUUUUUCUUGACAUUUACUUUUUUGACACAUUGAACUAUAAUGCAUCAUGAGUUCAAUAUCCUUGAGAAACCAUAUAUCAUUGUGUCAUUUUUAUUUAUCGGUAACAAAUUUCAUUUCACCCUUUUGUUUGCUCACAGCAGUUAUAGAAAAUGAAUAAAAAGCAUUGAACUACAUAUGCUGAAGGGAGCUGGAAAUUCAUUUGGAUUCAAAAUUGCAUAAAUGGCACUUACCUGUACGAUAAUCAACUGCUUUGAUGGCACAUCUCAAUCUUUUAUUUGCACACCUUGCCUUCUGCUCUUAUCGCCUCCAAACAAGCAUAUGCUACAUGUGAAAAAGCUGAAGUGAAACUAUCCUAAAAUAGUAGUGCAACCUCUGAGCAGUAACCAGAACUGAAGCCCCUUAAAAUAUUGUGUCUAAAAUGUAAGCCACUUAAUAUUAAGUGUUCAUAAUUGAUUGACAUGGCUGCAGGAAGUGAUGAGACCAAAACCAACACAUCCAGUGCAAGUAGACUUUGACUAUUAAUUUUACUGAAUAUUAUUUUAUUCAUCCGUUAUAUUAGAGAACUAUUUGAGGGAUAUUGAUUUAACUGAGACUUCAUUGUUUGCAUAUGUUUAAGACCCUGUUGCACUGAUUGCAAUAUUGAGGUGUUCAGUUUUAUUUCUAUUUUAGAAAAUGAACAUGAUUUUUCUCCCCAUGGAUCAGAUGUUUCUUGUUCCACUAUUUCAUUAAUCCCUAAAAAAGUAACUAAUAGUUACUUUUCAUGAAAAGUAAUGUGUUAAGUUACUUUUGCGUUAGUUUUUCUCACCUGGGCUUGUUUGUUUUUAAUACAAAAAGUUCUAUUUUUGGCAAAUGCAAAAGUGAAAUGAAUAAGUGUCAGGCUGAAGGAAAUGUAAAUUCACAUCUCUACAGUAGAGGGCGCAACUCAAACAAACCUUUCAGCUGUGCUGCCAUUCUGGAUUGCAUGGAGAAUAGACGAAGGUCAGCAGUAAAAUAGGAAUAAAAUGGGAUUAAAUACAUAGAGGAUAUUUGUGUUAUUUAACGUAUUUAAUUACUGCAGGUUUGUGUCAUGUUCUGAGUUUGCAUUUGAUUGUUUUUAUUCAUUUCGAGGAAUACUGAAUCUGUUUUUGUGCAGGCGAGAUAAGUAAAUGUUCAUUUUCAGUCUAGAACUACGGUAACACGUUCACACAGCGCAAACAGCGGCUCUGCACUCACUCCCGAUUUCUCUCAACAUGGCAACACGAGAGCUGUCAGUCAAGACAUGGGAAACAAAGUAACUGGAGUUACUUAUUUGAAAAAGCAACUUGUAUAUGUUCUUGUAAAAUAAAAAAGUUACUUGAAAAAAAGUAAUCUGAUUACGUAACUCACAUUUCUUGUAACGCGUUACACCCAACACUGAUACCCCCAUCGCCAUAGAAGUUAUGAAUUAACUUUUUAAUGCCUAUUAUUUUUGAGUGAAUUUAAAGGAACACUCCACUUUUUUUGGAAAUAGGCUCAUUCUCCAACUCCCCCAGAGUUAAUAAGUUGAGUUUUACCGUUUUUGAAUCCAUUCAGCUGAUCUCUGGAUCUGGCGAUAGCACUUUUAGCAUAGCUUAGCAUAGAUCAUUGAAUCCGAUUAGACCAGUAGCAUCGCGUUCAAAAAUGACCAAAGAGUUUCGAUAUUUGUCCUAUUUAAAACUUGACUCUUCUGUAGUUAUA